AAUGGACAUCAAAAUGAGCAUAAGGUGCAUUGAAAUAAAACUUGAAAUCCUUACUAAACGCAUUGCGUAUUUUCUUUUUUAACUAUUUUACUCUUCAGUGGAGUUUGUACGCGCUCUUGUGGCCGCCAUUAACAAGCUUUUAUACGGAUUCGUUCUGUUCAAUCUCGAUCUCACCUUGUAUCCAUUCACAUACUUCUUUUCCUUCCUUCCUUCAAUUUUCCCGUAACACUUGUGAAAUAUGCAAAUCUGAUGUUACCCACCAAAAAUUAUUAGGGAUUGAUUUUUGAGCUGAACAGCGAGGUUUUAAGUUUAAGCUCAUUUACUUCUUGAAAAUAGUUUUAUCUCCCCAGAUUCAAGUUCCGGUGGGCCUGCUUACGUUUUAAGCUUCUAGGGUUUACCAGAGUGUUUUGCAAUGGACCCGUUCGGACCUCCUCGCAAAAAGUUCAGGCCUGAGGGAUUUCUCAAUGGAAAUGCAGGGACAAUGUUUGGAGAGACUAACAGAUUCAAGCAGCCUCCUACACUUGGGACCAUUCCCGAAAUGGAGUCGUUAUCAACAGGUCUAGGAAGCAAAUCAAAGGCAUGCACGAAAUUUUUCAGUACAUCUGGUUGCCCUUUUGGGGAGAGUUGUCACUUUAUGCACUUUGUUCCUGGGGGUGUGAACUCAAUUCCACAAUUGCCAAAUACUGCUUUGAGUACAGCUUCCAGGAAACCAGCAGGUCCAGCAAGUGGUCUAAUGUCUUCAGAUCAGGGAGCAGCUGGACAACCAUUUAAGACACGCAUGUGUAAUCGCUAUGGAACUGCAGAAGGAUGUCGAUUUGGAGACAAGUGUCAUUUUGCUCACAGUGAAAAGGAACUGCAGCAAGGUAAUGCCCCUGCUCAUGAUACUAAUAGGGUCGGUUCUUAUGGCAGGCCAGCACCUGGUGGGUUAAACAGUAGGAUUGGAGGUCGCCCUGCACAGCGGGAGCCUACACCUCCUGGAAUGGCAGCCGCAGUUUCAUUUGGUCUAUCAUCCACCGCCAAAAUCAGUGUUGAUGCAUCUGUUGCUGGUGCUAUUAUUGGGAAAGGGGGAGUGAACUCUAAGCAAAUUUGUCGAUUAACUGGGGUAAAACUAGCAAUACGAGAACAUGAGUCUGACUCCAAUUUGAAGAAUAUUGAGCUGGAAGGUUCCAUAGAUCAGAUUACUGAAGCCCAGGCCAUGGUUCGGGAGCUGCUUAUGCAUACUAGUACUGUACCAGCAAAGCCAGCUGGAUUUGUUUCAAACAAUUUCAAAACAAAGCUCUGUGAGAAUUUUACGAAGGGUACCUGCACAUUUGGAGAUCGUUGCAUCUUUGCACACGGUGCUAGUGAACUGCGAUAAAUUUCUUUUAUAGACUGAUCUACGGUAGACCUUAAUUACUUGUUUGGUAAUAUUUGAAGGAAAUUAUAUGAGAAGGUUUUGAAUUAGGGGCUGUAUUUAAGAGAGAUGAACAAUAGCACGGUAACUCUAAACACUGCCAGACUGUUGAGAUUGAUGUUGUAGUGUAGUCUUUUUUUUUUCCCUGAACCAGUGCUUUUUGUUUUAAUGAAGUUCAUAACUAGUAUUGAAUUCUGAA